AUGGAACGACAACAUUCCCGAAGAAACUCAACUUCGAGUAUUCGUUCACAAACGAACUCAGCAAAUGUUGACUGUUCCGAAGAGCAUACUCAUGCUAUUGUUCGACGAGAAAAGGACAAGAAGGUUGUUCUUGUUCCAUUGAACAAUUUCAUUAACUUUGGUAAAACAGUAAAAGUCAACGAAAUUGCCACAUACAAAGGAAUUAUCGAUUCCCGUAAAUCAGACCGUGGCAAAGUUUUACUUUUUGGUACCGAGGAUUUGUGCGUCGAGCAGCUUGAAAUUUUACAAGAAGACACCAUCGAAGGAGAGCAUCUUCCGCAAAAACCACCAAAGAAAACGGAUUUAUUAACUACGAAUUUGAAUAAUAUCGACAUUGAAAACCAUCCGAUCAACAAGCAUAAGAAAACUAGUAAUCCAAUUCAAGUGGCAAAUAAAGAAAACCACGCGAUGAGUAAUUCUACAGGAUCAAAACGAUCAUUGAAAUCGAACGAAUUCGAUCACCAUCGAUCAAAAACGGUACCACGACAAUGUAUGAAUUCGGCUACGAACAAAACUCCUAGUGAAUCAUCAACAUGUCAGGCAAAAAGAACAGUACAAGUUAAACGAAAGUUGUUCGAUAAUAGUGAUGAUGAAAAUGCUGAUGACACUGAACUAUUGUCAACAACUAAAAAUACACUCGAAGAAGGUGAAGAUUCCGACGUUCAAUGUUGUUCAGCCAAAUCCAAAUCGAAGGCCAUUCUUCUCGAUAAAUCAUCUCCGCGAGCAACACAAUCCAAGAAUCUUGCAAUUUCUCGUAAAAUUCUAACACCAAAUGAUUCAUCGAAUAAAAACCGAUCCGAUUCAAUCGUCACGCCAGUCAAUCCUACGAGUGAUUCAAGCGAUACAAGUUCUGACGAAGGAGAUAUUUCGGAUUUUGUUACGAAAGAAAAGUUUAAUAAAUUGAAAACGAAAUUGCAAAAUCAGAAGAACAAGGUUCUAGCACUCGAAAAGAAGAUUAAUUACUACAAAAAGAAUUACAUACCUUUGCCCGAUGCCGGUGCACGCCCAUACAUUUUAAAAAUGGCCAAAGCGAUUAGUUCGACACUAUCGGCAACCGAUAUCUACGAACACGCUAAACAAAUUAGCAACAUUAAUCCAAACACACUUCUCGGUUGUAUUAAACAUACUGCCACUGCUACCACUCGAAAAAUUAUCUAUGCAUUGUUUACACCUGAUGAAUUGCUAAAGAAUAGCGGAACAGAAGCUGUUUCUAAACCGUUGCGACAGAAAAUUCGUGAUUUCGUAGAAGCGCAUCAUGGUCCGAUCGACAACGAUCGUCCAUUUAAUGAAGCAAUUAAUGGUGUUUUUCGUCAAGCGAAAGAUGAAAAGGAAAAAAACGGAAGUUCUUCGAAAAUAACUUCGGAAAAGCGAAAAACUUCUGAUAAGCAAUUGACGAUCGAUGACAUGGUUUCAUCCAAGAAGUCAAAGAUACCAAGUAAAACGACAACAACUGCACGUAAUAACACGUUGUCGAUUAGUGGUGAUGAAGAUGAUGAACUAUGA